GUUUUCGUGGACCACUCGACGAGACCGUCGUAAAAACAUCUGUUUCAGGGCAAUACGAAUUCCGUACGUCGUCGCGUCGAUCGUUAGAAACGGACAUCGAUGCUAUCGAUCAACAUGCGAAUCUUCAAAACAGUGCUGCUGCUGCUCGCCGUGUUCUGCUGCGACAGAAUCGGCCAGUGUUCACCGAUCGCGAACGAAACGUCGGUCCCGGCGGAGUCGCAGGAGACCCACGACGCCACGAUUGAUCAUUACGAUCAACGACAGAACGGAAGUGAGAAUUUCCGCAUCCACGUGGAUGGCGUGAUGCUCGUCGUCGCGCCUGUGGAGGCGUUCCUCCUGACCGGCGUCGCUAACGGUAACAAACCUAACCUACCGAUAAUCGACUCUUCGAAGUUACCACCCGGUAAACCGGAAGUCAACCCCAAACCAUCACUGGCGCCCAAGUCAGCACACAGGUAUUCUCGA